UUUUCAUGUUAGCUAACCGGGCAACAUUUAAUGUUUCUGUUGACUGCUGAACAUGUCUGCCUCAAUGGUGGCGAGAGCGACGGUCAGAGCUGUCAGUAAAAGAAAGAUAUUAGCGACAAGAGCUGCUUUAACUCUGACUCCUCCUGCUGUGAAUAGGAUCCGGACCCUCCUGGAGAACAAGCCAGAAUAUAUUGGUCUGAAGGUGGGUGUGAGGACUCGGGGCUGUAACGGUAUGACCUACACUCUGGACUUCACCAAGCAGAAGGAUCAGGCUGACGAGGAGGUGCUGCAGGAUGGUGAGCAACUUUAUCGUCUUCCUUCCUUAUCACUGAAAUGUUUUGCUCAGAAUGAUGUAUGUAAAUUGGUUGUCUGUCGUUGAAUUGUGUAACUUUACCAUCAACAUCUCCCCAAUGUAAUGUUGAAAUGUUUUUUUCAAAACAUGAUAUGUAUUAAGAGAUGUGUAUAGGGAGUGAUUUCAGUGAGAAUAAAAAAUGUAUUCAAUAUUUUUGCAUU